AUGUCGGCCCCAGAAGUCCACCAACUUGCCACAGGCAUCCCAAUCACGUGCCACGCCUUCAACAAGGAUCGCACCCAGGUCGCUGUGAGCCCCAAUAACAACGACGUCGAAAUUUACCAGAAGAAUCGCGCUGGCGGCUGGGACUUGUUGCACACGUUGGCCAAGCACGACAAGCUCGUCACGUCGAUAGAUUGGGCACCCAACACCAACCGACUGGUGACCUGCUCGCAAGACCGGAACGCGUAUGUUUGGGACUGGGAUGCGAAGCUGGGCCGUUGGGAGGCAAGCCUGUGUCUUCUGCGUAUCAACAGGGCAGCCACUUUUGUCAAGUGGAGCCCGAAGGAAAACAAGUUCGCCGUCGCUAGCGGUGCACGUCUGAUAUCUGUCUGUUACUUCGAAGUGGAGAACAACUGGUGGGUUGCCAAACACAUCAAAAAACCCAUUCGUAGCACUGUUACCUCGGUGGAUUGGCAUCCGGACAACAUCCUUUUGGCAGCUGGAUCUACGGAUAUGAAGGCUCGGGUCUUCUCGGCUUACGUCAAAGGAGUUGAUGCCCAAAUUCCUGCACCCGUUUGGGGAGAGAAACUACCAUUCAACACCGUAUGUGGCGAGUUUUCCAGCGCAUCCGGCGCAUGGGUCCAUAGUGUUGCGUUUUCACCCAGCGGAAACUACGUGGCGUUUGCUUCCCACGACUCUACCGUCGCUAUUGCGAACGGACCGAACAACCCUGUGGUCACCAUCCCGACCGGUGGCCUUCCGUUGGUCUCCAUCAUCUUCACGUCGGAGACUAGCAUUGUCGGCGUGGGACAUGAUUGCACGCCGUACCUCCUUGCCGAGCGCAACGGACAAUGGGAAGUGGUCGGUAAACUCGACCAAGGACAGAAGAAGGCUGCCGCCGCGAGCUCGGCCUUCAAGAUGUUCCAGCAGAUGGACAGCAGGGCGCAACAAAGUGCGCCCAAGGUUGAGCUGAACACGACUCACCAGAAUACCAUCACCUGCGUCCGUCCCCACACUGGCGCAUCCGACAGCGUCAGCAAGUUUUCUACCAGCGGCGUCGACGGAAAGCUGGUCAUUUGGGACCUCCUGUCGUCCGGCCUUGCUGGGCUCAAGAUCUGA